UUUCCUUUCUCUUGUACGUACAUUCCAACUCUCGUUUCGCUUGCCCUUUUUAUCCGAUUUUCCUUUUCUCUUGAUCCGUUGUUCUCUAAUUCGGAAGUGAAAUCGGUUAUUUCGUUGUUCGAACAAUGGUUCUUGGCUUGGGAACUAAGAAGAGAAAAGGGGACUCCUAUCGGGUUCAUUACAUUGUAUGUGUUAAGGAAAUUAGUCCUUGGACAGCAUUGCAGUCUUUGCCAUCGCCUCAAUCUAUGUUGCUUCAAUGGGAAAAUGGUGAUAAGAAUUCCGGGUCCUUGGUUUCUUGUAAUGGGAAUGGAAAAAUCGAGUUCGGCGAGUAUUUCAGGCUUCCGGUAACUUUAUCUCUGGAAUCAUCCCGUAGGAGCACCAACCGUGAUGGUUUCCAGAAGAACUGUUUGGAGUUCUACUUGUAUGAGCCUCGAAAGGACAAAAAUGCAAAGGGUCAACUUUUAGGGUCUGCUGUUGUAAACCUCGCUGAUUAUGGGAUUAUCAUGGAAACUAUAAGUGUUGCCACUCCUAUUAACUUGAAGAAGAGUUCAAAGACUGGGAUCCCGGAACAGCCUGUUCUUUAUCUUAAUAUCCAACCGUUUGAUAAAGGUAGCUCCGUCUCGUCAGCGAGAGGCAGCUUGCCAAAAGGACCGUCACUUGAUAAGGAUGGGAGUGACUCUGUUUCCGAAUCGAUAUAUGAAGAAGCAGAGAUUGCCUCUUUAACUGAUGAUGAUAAUCUUUCUUCACAUUCAUCUCAGACUGUUUCUUCUUCUGUUUUUGAUCCUUCUGGGGGCUCACGUAAUCAACAUGAUAAGAUUGGAUCAGAACCAGUGAAUGGCGGGAUAGCAAGGCCUGGACUCGCUUUUCCUUCUGAUGGAACAAGUGCAUACUCAGGGGUAAGUACAUUGGGUGAAGUAUUCAAGCAAUUGAAUGGGAAUGCAUCUCCUUCAUCUUCAAAGCACUUGUCCUCCAAUCCCGAGAAUCCUGUAACUCAUCACACGGGUAAAGUUUCAUCCUCGAAGGCCCGUGUUGCCAUUCCUGUAGAUGUGAACUCAGAUAAUGCAAAAGAUGAAGACUCCCAAAGAAAGACAGAGGAUGCUAGAAAAGCCAGGAGACAUGACCAAAGCCAUGUAGACAGAUAUUUAAGUACCAAUUCACGUGUUCGUCAUUGGGAGGAAAAUGCUGAAAAGUCAUCAUGGGAUGAUGAGCUGGAUAGCCAGAUUUUGGGUCCCGAGGAAUAUUCUCUGCAGGAGAGGUUAGGUUUUAGACCUCCUCAGGAUUCUCCGAGAAAGCAAGUCGCAUUGAGGAGUAACACUUUUGCAGCCAGUAGGGCAACAAUUGAACUGAAAGGUGGUUUCCCUCCGAAUGGUAGACAAAAUCACGUGACACCUGUUCAGUUACAUGUUAACAAAGCUAAGAGCACUGGACCGUCAAACAUCCAGUUCAUGGAGAAGGUUAAGGAGAAUCCUAUCCCUGAUAAGACUUCUAAUGGUACCACAACUGACAUACUGGGUGAAAGGGAAGAAGUUGCAAACAGCUUUUCUAACAGCAAAGUUAAGUCGGGAAACAGUCAUGGGCUACUAAAGAAAACUCAGGUCAAGAGGGUAAAGGAAAAUGAUAUUUCUGAAAAGAUUCAUAAUAGUUCUACAAGUGAUACGUGUAAUAAAAGCAAAGAAAAUGCAAAGAGCUUUUCCAACAGCAAAGUUGAACUGUACUCCAAAAUUGAAAUGCUUGAAGAAGAAUUAAGAGAAGCUGCAGUUCUCGAGGCUAGUCUUUAUUCUGUUGCUGCAGAGCAUGGAAGUUCUACAAACAAGGUUCAUGCCCCAGCUAGACGACUUUCUAGAUUCUAUCUUCAUGCUUGUAGAGCAAAUACCCAAGAUAAGAGGGCAAGUGCUGCAAGGGCUGCUAUUUCAGGAUUGGUUUUGAUCUCUAAAGCAUGUGGAAAUGAUGUUCCAAGGUUAACCUUCUGGUUAUCAAAUACAAUUGUAUUGAGAGCAACUGUUACCCACACUAUUGGGGAAAUGCAGCUAUGUUCAAAAAGUUCAGAUGACUGGGUGGAUCCUCAGACAUUUUCACUCGCAUUGCAAAAGUUUGAAGCUUGGCUCUUCUCCAGAAUAAUCGAAUCUGUCUGGUGGCAGACUUUGACUCCAUAUAUGCAGUCUGCUGCUGCGAAGAGCUCAAGCUCAAGGAAAACCUCAGGCCGAAGACAUGGAUUAGGUGAUCAAGAGCAGGGGAACUUAUCAGUUGAGCUUUGGAAGAAGGCUUUUAAAGAUGCCUGUGAAAGGCUUUGUCCCCUUCGGGCAUGCGGCCACGAAUGCGGCUGCUUAGCUGUGCUGGCUAAACUGGUAAUGGAGCAAUUGGUUAGUAGAUUAGAUGUUGCAAUGUUCAAUACUAUUCUUCGUGAAUCAGCUGAUGAAAUGCCAAUGGAUCCCAUCUCCGAUCCAAUAAGCGAUUCAAAGGUUCUUCCCAUUCCUGCAGGAAAAUCAAGUUUUGGGGCAGGUGUACAGCUAAAAAAUGCCAUUGGAAACUGGUCAAGAUGGCUGACAGAUCUGUUUGGUAUCGAUGACAAUGAGAGUCCCGAAGACAGCGAGGAAGUAGGCGACCGCAAAAAUGCUGUAUGUGACGGUUCCUUUAAGCCUUUUUGCCUCCUAAAUGCAUUGAGUGAUCUUAUGAUGCUUCCAUCCGAGAUGCUUGUGGAUAGGUCCACUAGGAAAGAGGUAUGCCCUAUGUUCAGUGCCCCCCUGAUCAUCAGAGUUCUUAACAAGUUUGUACCCGACGAGUUCAACCCGAAUCCAGUUUCACAGGCAGUUUUUGAAGCAUUGGAGGAGGACCUUUCCGAGGCCGGAGAAGAUUCGGUUACAAACUUCCCAUGUAUGGCUACUCCUAUAGUCUAUUCGCCACCUUCCAAUAAUUCCCUAAAGGACAUUACAGUCGGUCAAACCAUGGAAAGGAGUCGGUCAUUGGUGCUUAGAAAAUCAUACACUAGUGAUGAUGAGCUCGAUGAAUUGGAUUCACCCAUUACCUCGAUCAUGAUCGAGAAACCCCGCAGUUCUCCCACUUCAAAAGAACCCAAUCAGAUGAGAACGGGAAAGGGAGGCCGGAAAGUCGUUAGAUAUGAACUAAUCCGAGAGAUAUGGAAGGAUGAUGAGUAGCAAUGUUUCUUUUCCCUCCCCCUGUACUUUCACCAAACAUGUUUUUGUAUAUAUGCGUGUGAUCAUAGGCUGGUUUAUUAAGCUGUUGAGUUUUGUUGGA